AUGUCCAAAUUUGUAGGAGAGGGCGAAGUUAACGGGUCGUGCACAGAGGUGAAGAGCGAGGAUGAAUCUGUCGACGCCUCCUACGUGAUCAAGCUCAAGCCAAAGAAAGAACCUAAGAGAGAGCUGAAGGAGAAGACCAAGCAGGUGGAUGAGCUGAGCGAGAAGACAGACACCUUGGAGCGCGAGAACAAGGAACUGCUGGCCAAAAAACCAAAGUUUGGUGACCUCCGCAAGCAGGCCGAGCUGUCCAAGGUGCAGCAAAAGGUUGACGAGCUGACGGAAGAAAUUAAGAGCAAGAACAAGGAGAUUAAGGAGCUAAAGAAAGAAAUCGACAAGCGACCUCUGCCCAAGGACGUGGAAAAGACUAUAGAGGACUUGCGGUCCAAGCUGCAGGCGGCGGAGCAGCUGUGUGAAGAGCUUAUGGAUGAGACCGAAGACUACAAAAAGGAAAUUCGCACUCUGGAGGAUGAGAUCGAGGAGAUGCAGGACAACUUCCGGGAGGAGCAGGCUGACGAGUACAGGGACCUUAAGAGGGAGUUGGAGCAGACUGCCAAGAAUUGUCGCGUGCUGCAGUUCAAGCUUAAGAAGGCAGAGAGGCGGUCAGAGUCGUUGGAGCGCGACAAGAGCGAGAUCGAGGAUAAGCUGAAGGAGCUGCAGGUGGGCGAGGGUGACGUGGACAGAGCGGAGAAAGUGAAAAUGUUGGAGAGGGAAGUCAACCUGGCCAAGGAGGUCUCGGUAAAAAUGCACGAAGAAAUGCAAAAGAUGAAGGAGCAGCUGGAAUCCGCCGAGAGGGAUAAGAAGAAACUCAGUGAAAAGUUCAUGGACAAGCCAGUGAGACCGGGAGGCAAACUGAGCCGUUCCCAGAUGAUGGGUCGCCAGGGCAGCCAGGACAACACGGAUCAGCUCAUGAGGGAUCUGCAGGGCGCCACCGAGAGAGAACAAGAUCUCAAGGACCAGCUUAAGUUCGCCGAGGAAGAGACCAAGAACCUGCGGAAGAAGACGUCACGCCUGGAAGAGGAGAACGAGACUCUGGCGCUGCAGCUCAAGAAGAUGAGCACGAAGGCUAAGCAGAACAGGCAGCGCUCCAUGGAACGCUCGGGCUCCAUCGAACGUUCAGGUUCCGUGGAGAGGGGUUCACUCAGCCGCCAAGGUUCCACCGAGAAGCCGCCCAAGGAACCUGACGAGGGUAUUACCGAGGACCUGGAUCCGACUGAACUGAAGAUCCAACUUGAACUGAAUGAGCAGGAGUCGGCGGUGCUGAGACGGAAAGUGGAAGACCUUGAGUCGGAGAACGAGCGGCUGCAGAAGGAAAUCAGGGGCGUUCUCUCCAGCACCGAUUCCAGGGUCACCAAGGGAGACUCAGCGGAUAUGAAGAAGCUGGAGAAGGAAGUACAGCUGCUGAGGACGAAAAUCAAUGACGUUGAGGGAGAGAACGAGAAGUUAAGCGACGAGAACAAGAAAUUGCAGCUGCGGGUGACGAAGCGUUUGCCUCUGUCAGGCUCCGAGACAAGCUACAUCGAGAAGCAGGUACAGGAGGAGAAGAUGAAGCGACUCGAGAAGAAGCUGAAGGAGGCCAACGAGAAGCUGAAGGAGGCGCAGAUCGAGGCGGCGGUGACGUCCACGGAGGGUAAGGGCGUGAGAGGGAUAGGCCUUAAAGAUGAGGCGCCAAAGAAGGACGUAGAAUCAGGCGGUUUGAAAAAGAAAUUAGAUGAUUUACAAACAAAAUACGAUAAACUGUUCAAAGAAACCGAGGAGCUGAGGAACCCGGCAUCCAUGAAGAACAGAAUACCCAAAGUGCCCAAGGACUUCACACCCAAGGCCACGCUGAUGAAAUGGGUGACGGAGCUUGAGGCGGAGUGCGCCAAGCUCCAUUCCUCUCUGGUGGAAGCGGACAAAAAGAAAAAGACGCGGCCCACCUCGGAGGACCUGACCAGCGUGCGUGACUUGGAGGACAAGCUUAACCGGGAGAAGGAGCGCAACGAGGAACUCUCUCGCCAGCUGAAGGAGGAGCGCGAGAAGCUGGACAAGCCUCUGCCCAACAAACGACGCUUCGGGAGUAACGAGGACGACCUGAAGCGUUACGAGGAGCGCAUAUCCACCCUGAAGGAGCAGCUGAGCCAGGAGAAGGAACGCAACGACGAACUCAAGACCAAGCUGGGUGAGGGAUCUCGUGCCAGCAGUGACGAGCUACGCACCUCCAAGACUGAGAACUCCAGAUUGCAGCGGGAGCUCAAGUCGGCCCAGGAGACGUCUGCCGUGCUGGAGAAGAAGCUUAAGGAGACGGAGGAGAAUCUGAAGGCAACAGAGAGGACGGAGAGGAAGAACAGAGUAGCAACGGAGCGACUGGAGGCGAAGCUGGAGGAGGAAAGAAGUAAAGGUACUGUGGCCGAGGAGCGCCAGAAGGAGCUGACGGUGUCCUGGCUGAAGGAACGCGAUGACCUGAAGAAGGACCUCGCGGAAGCCAAGAGGGCUAAAGAGAAGUUUGAGCGAGAAGUCCGAACAUACAAGAGAGAACGCGACAGCAUGGAGACCAAACUGGAGGAGGAGAAGAAGCGAGCAGAGGAGGCGCAGAACCAUAAGAGGAAAGAAACUGAUGAUCUUAAGAUACUCAGGCGCAGGAAGGAGGAACUGGAGAAUGAGGUGGACGAUCUGAAGGACUCGGUCACUCAGCUGGAGUCGACGAAGGAGAAGAACAUCCAGAAGCACAAGAGAGAAGCGGAUAACCUGAAGAAGGAGAAUGACAACCUCACCAUUCGCAUGAACGGCCUGGAGAGUGAGCUGAAGUCGGAGAAGAGACGCAGAGAGCGACUCGAGAAAGACUCCAACAGUUUCCGGGAAAGAGCCAACGCCAGGAGCGAGGAAGAACUCAAAAAGGUCAAAGAGGAACUGGAUACCCUCCGGACCACACACAAAGAGCUGGAGAAGACCAAGAAAAAGGAGAAGCAGCAGAUGGAAGCUCUACAGACCAAGUACGACCUGCUGGAGGAGGACUUCGUGGUUCAAAAGGCUCAGUACACGACGAACAAGGAAGGCGUCGAGGAGAAGUACGAGAAGCUGAAGAAGGAACACAGCACCAUCGAGACCGAGCUGAAGAACCUGAGGGAGACGUACAACAACCGGCAGGACACUUGGAUCAAGGAGAAACUCGGCAUGCAGGACCAAUUACGGGAGCUUGAAGUCCGCCUGAAGAAGGUGUCCAAUGACCCCACGUCCUACUCGGAGAAGAAGCGACUCAAGGACAUUAUUGACGACAAGAACCAUCAGAUAGAUCAGCUGAAGCGAGACGAGGACACGCUCAAGGACCAAGUGUCUUACUACCGUCGGGAGAGCGAGGACCUGCGGCGCAAGGUGGAAGACCUGGAGAAGCUGCAGCAGAUCAACGAGAAGCGCGCCUCGGAGAUCGCCAGCGACGCCAGCACCUACGACAACACCAUCAGGGAGCUCAGGGACAAAUUCACCGCCAGCGAGAAGAUCUACAAGACAGACCUCACCAAGAUCAAGAUGAAGUACGACUCGAAGCUGAAGGCGAUGACGGAGGAAGUGUCGACGCUCACUCAGCACAUGACUAAAUACAGGCGCGAGCGAGACACGUACAAGGAGAUGCUGGACGGCUCGCAGCGCACCAUCGCGGAGCUCAAGGGCAGCGGCAACUACAAGGCUUCCAGAGCCGAUAAUGCCUCCGAGAUGGCGGGAAGCAAGCGCCAGGUGGACCAGAAGGCCCAGCAGCACCUCCUCGAGACCCAGGAGCUGCACGCACAGGUUACGGAGUUCGAGGACAAGCUGGCGGACGCGAGGCUCGAGAACACAAAACUCAAGAACGAAAUCAUCGAUCAGAAGACCAACUUUGAGAUCCAGCUGUGUGACCUGCAGACCAAAGUCAACGAGUACGAAGAGAGCCGCCUGCUGGUGGGCAGCGCGCGGCGCCUGCCCGGGCUCAGAACAAGACUGGAACUCAACUGGCAGAAGGAGCGUGAGGAGCAGCAACGGCUCAUCCAGGAGACCGCCACGCUCGCUAAGGACCUUCGCCAGACGCUGUACGAGGUGGAGCGGGAGCGAGACCUGGAAAAGCUGGAGGCCAAGAGGAAGAUAGACCAGCUGAAGAAGACGGUAGGCCAGGAGACAUCAGACACCAAGACGAAAGUGCAGGAGCUUCAGCGGGAUCUACAGGAACUGCGAGAGGCGCACGCCAAGCUGCGGCAAAUCAACGAAAAACUGAGGCGAGAAAAAGACCGCACGGAGGUGGAGCGAGAGGCGAUGCGAGACAAGUACCUGGGCUCCUCCCGCGAGCACCUUCACCAGCAGAGCAAGAUGGACCUGCUGGCAGAGGAGAUGAAGGUCGUGAAGGAUCUGGCGCCGCUGGUCCUUGGCGAGGGCAUCGAUGGUCGCGAGGGAUCCCUGACCAAGCUAACUGGAGAAGUGAAGCCUAAGACGAGGGAGGAAUUCACAGAGUCCCUGAAGAAGGCUUGCAAGUGCAUGGAAGACCUCAAGAGAAUCAUGAACCUCACAGACGACCGGGACAGAUUCAAGCGAGCGCCUUCCUUCAGAAGGGCUCUUUCGGACAUGGAGAGCGAGGAUGAGAGUGUGUCGCUGCGUCCGAGAAGUCAACAGAGAGGAUCGCUGCACAAAGGCCCCAAGAACCAGAGGUCCAUGUACCGCAAGACACAGUCUCUCGACCACCAGAUGGCAGAGGACAGAGGUAAGAUCUGGGUGUCGACAGACGCGGGCAGCACCACCAGCAUAGACUCCACCAUGACUGACGACAUGAGGAGAGCGAAGUACGACCGCGAUAUCUCCAUGGACAGAAUCUCUACGGGUUCCCAGACGAGUGAGUUGGACGCCCUGGCUGACAAGAAGAAGAAGAAGGGUGUCAAGGCCAUGUUCUCCAAGCUCACCAAGUCUCGGUCCAUUGAAGAGUCAGGCACGGGAGGCUCCAUUGUAGGGGCGGGAGUCAAGGCGAUGGGCGUCGGAAUGGGCGGUUCUGGCAGCGACAUCUCGACAACAGAGAUGGAGAAGGAGAGCAAGGUGAAAGGGAAGCUGAAAAGCCUCUUCAAGUCCGGCCCGCCCAACCGAUCUCAGAGUGUGGAGCGUGACACGGCGCGGGAAGGACCAAAUGCCAAGAGUAGCGGAUACAAUUCUAAGACAGGCUCGAUCGCCUCCCUGGAGAGUGAGGCCGGCUCGACCCUGCCCCCCGUGCUGCAGCGGUACAGAGGUCGUGCUGACAACGGGGCCAUGACCAAGACUCACUCCAUCUCCUCUAUAGGCCGUCGGAGCUCAGUGGAGACUGAGGUGUGAGGCAGGACUCUCCGGGCCUCACGGGCCGAAAUACACCAGGAAAAUCAACUAGGAGGAGAGGGAGUGCAAUGGCCUGCCUGCCUCGUGUCUGCUCUGGUAGAGGCGUUCAUCCACACGAUGUGUACACCACUGCCCUGACACCUGUACCACACGGACGAUACUCAAUUCCCUUAAUAUAUUAUGCAGCAAAUUGAUACCUAAAAUAAACUUUGUCCAGCACAAUCUAAGGAAAUCGUUCUUACAUAGCGGGGGGAACCAUAUUUUACAUGUUCGUGAUGUUCAGUACUGACUCCAGGCAAUGUAAGACUUCUGAAGAGAAUAUUGUAAUGAAUACCCCAAGAGUGAACCAGGGAAGACCUGAAGCAGGUGAGGAGGUCCAGACAUGGCAAAGGUGGGGUGUGUCGCAUCCCCGGGCAGAAUCAAGAGCACAGCGCCCCCAGAUGCCGACCCUCGCCUGUUAGGUUGAAACCAGUCUGGUAAACUUGCUUCAAGAACACGUUAAUAACUGUGUGGCUGUUAUGUUCAGAAGGUACAUAUUUGUUCAAUCAACCAUAACUAAGAAUUAAUUCCUACUUAUAAUAUCAUUAGCUUAUACAUUUGUGUACAUUUUCCUAUUUAUGUAAUGUAUCACAUAUAUGCAUAUUUCUGCACUUGUGUACAUUCUUAGUGGUAAGUCACACACUCUCAGCGCCUGAUGAGGGAAGCCACAGUGACUUGUGCCACUGAGAGCUGGAGCCUCGAGCCCGGCACACCACAUCGGGAGGCGCCGCUGCUCACCCCAAUACGGCGCUGAGAAGCUGCUCGCCCUUACACUCAUCCCGGUGACAUAAAUUUGUGUAUAUUGAAUGUGUGUUUUGCCCCUCACCGUCACACUUGUCCAUCACACCAGCAGUAGUGUAGUGUUCGUGUGGCAGCACAGUGCCAUUAAGGUCCCUCUCUCUUUCCCAUUCAAUGGUGUCGUUCACAUACGCAACUUUCCAUCCAUCUCACGACUGAACGUCCGUCAGAGAGGUGAGUAAUGAACCAGCACCUUUUACCUCCGGCGCGUGUUCAACAUAAAUAAUAUCAUUCAUCGAAAUCAAUCUUUAUAUAUAUAUAUAUAUAUAUAUAUAUAUAUAUAUAUAUAUAUAUAUAUAUAUAUAUAUAUAUAUAUAUAUAUAUAUAUACAGUGCAUAAUAUCUUCGAUAGUAAAAUUAGAGUUAUGCAUAUGUGAUGUGUUUUGUGAUACUGUAAAGUAAAAGUAAACUAAAGCCAGACGAUAACACUGUGAUCGCGAUUGACGUUCAGUUGACACUCACGCCGCCACACACACUACACGUCUGUGUGUCCUUGGUAUGAAACACUUGCUCCAAGCGAGUCGUGAAGUCUCUAGUGAGUAAUCCUCAGCACAACCCUGGACGCGAGAGCUGUUCGUCUUCUGAUCACACACGCCGCCUCACCUCAGGACGUCUUCACCUCAUUUCAAGCAACUAACGCAAAUAUGAAACAGCGGUUUAAUAAUCAUUCUGUUCUUAUGCUUCAUUACAAAGCACUAAUAUAAUUCCCAGCAAGGUGAGUGGCCAAGCAAGGGGUGAGGCGAGGCGUGGAAGGCGAGAGGUCCCUGUGUCCCACGUGCUUCACCUCAGCAUGUACAUAUACUACUGUUAGCUCAUCGUGUUGUCUGUCGUGCAUGCAUCAAAUACUUAGAAGGAUUUCACAUUCAAUUAAAAAUUCUAUUUACAA